AUGUCCACUCUCGACCCUCUCGUCCAAAGCCUCGCAUAUUCCCCGCCUCCGAUUGCGGAACAGCCUCCAUCCGAUGUUGAGGUUUCUACUGAUAUCAGCUCCAACCACACCAGGGAACCCGCCAAGGGCCGCGCCCACGCCAUCCCCAUAUGCAACCCCUGCGCCUGGGCGUGCCCCGAUGACACAGGAGGCGAAUACUGGAGUGGUGUUGCAGCGCCUGAGGACCCGGAUCCAGAGCUAGAACCAGAACUAUGUGAAGACCCUGGUAAUGGCCGACGGUGA